AUGGAGCCCUCGGCGCCGGCGGGCCAGGCCCGGGCGGCAGCCAGCAAGCUGUCGGAGGCGAUGGGCGCAGUGCUGCAGGAUCCCCGGCGGCAGCGGCGCCUGGUGCUGGUCAUCGUGUGCGUGGCGCUGUUCCUGGACAACAUGCUGUACAUGGUCAUCGUGCCCAUCGUGCCCGACUACAUUGCCCACAUGCAUAAGGCCGGCAGGCCCACCACGAGCCCCAAAGUGCACACCCUGCAGGUGCCCACUCCAACCAGUGACAGUGACAACAUGAGCAACACCUCAGCGUCCCCGACGGAGAGUGAGGACGUGAAGAUCGGGGUGCUGUUUGCCUCCAAGGCCAUCCUGCAGCUGCUGGUCAAUCCCCUGAGUGGGCCCUUCAUUGACCGCAUGAGCUACGACGUGCCGCUGCUUAUUGGCCUGGGCGUUUUGUUUGCCUCCACCGUGCUGUUCGCGUUCGCGGAGGACUAUGCUACGCUCUUCGCUGCACGCAGCCUGCAGGGCCUGGGUUCGGCCUUUGCGGAUACGUCCGGCAUUGCCAUGAUCGCCGACAAGUAUCCUGAAGAGCCGGAGCGCAGUCGCGCACUGGGCGUGGCGCUGGCCUUCAUCAGCUUCGGGAGUCUGGUGGCGCCACCCUUCGGGGGCUCCCUCUACGAGUUCGCGGGCAAGCCUGCGCCCUUUCUGGUGCUCGCGGCUGUUUCGCUGCUCGACGCGCUGUUGCUGCUGGUGGUGGCCAAGCCCUUCUCCGCCGUGACGCGGGCGCGGGCCAACCUGCCGGUGGGCACACCCAUCCACCGCCUCAUGCUGGACCCUUACAUCGCUGUGGUGGCCGGGGCGCUCACCACCUGCAACAUCCCCCUUGCCUUUCUCGAGCCCACCAUCGCCACGUGGAUGGAGCACACGAUGGCGGCGUCUGAAUGGCAGACGGGCAUGGCCUGGCUACCAGCUUUCGUGCCGCAUGUGCUAGGUGUCUACCUCACCGUGCGCCUGGCGGCGCGCUACCCGCACCUGCAGUGGCUGUACGGGGCACUAGGGCUGGCAGUGAUCGGCGCCAGCUCGUGCGUGGUGCCUGCCUGCCGCUCCUUCGCACCGCUAGUGAUCUCGCUCUGCGGCCUCUGCUUCGGCAUUGCUCUGGUUGACACGGCACUGCUGCCCACGCUCGCUUUUCUCGUGGACGUGCGCCACGUCUCGGUCUACGGCAGCGUCUAUGCCAUCGCCGACAUCUCCUAUUCCGUGGCCUAUGCUCUCGGGCCCAUAGUGGCGGGGCACAUAGUGCACUCGCUUGGUUUUGCGCAACUCAGCCUUGGCAUGGGCCUGGCCAACCUGCUCUAUGCGCCGGUCCUGCUGCUGCUGCGCAACGUGGGCCUCCUGAGGCGCUCCCGCUCGGAGCGCGACGUGCUGCUGGAUGAGCCACCGCAGGGUCUGUAUGAUGCUGUGCGCCUGCGUGAGCGCCCUGUAGCGGACCCAGACGGCGCCCCUCGAAGCCCUUCGGGCCCCUUUGACGAGUGCGAGGACGUCUACAACAAUUACUACACCCACAGCUAG